UGAGAUAAUUAUCCUCUUUCAACAAGGUUAGCUAGAUGUUUCAUAUUAAUUUCAUUGCCACGUUGUUUGUUAAUAGAUAAGAAAAUAGCUAUAAUCAUCAUCUCGAGCUAGCUAACGUUAGGGCCAUGGGGAACACCGACAGUGUUGUGGUGCAGAAACGGCUGGCCCGUUUUCGCCCAGAGGAGCGGCCCGUUGUGGAGGCAGUGUUCGAUCGGCUUCACGGCGCGAGUCCAGCAGGUGGCGCUGGAAAAGCAGGGAAGGUUUUAACGCUGGACAUGUUGAAGCCCUGUAUGGGAAACAUUGCCUCAGACUCUAUGAUAAAGAGGGUCUAUGCUGGGAUGUGUAGCAUGGACCCCGGAGUGGCCCCUCCUCCCCCUGGAGCUGGGGUGAGUCGGGAGCAACUGGUGGUCUUCUUGGCCGAUGUCCUGCGAGGCACUGCAGAGGAGCGAGCGCCCCUUUUCAUGGCAAUGGCUCAGGGGACAGGGACAGGUGUUGCCACAUGUGACCAAAUAAUAGAGUUCUUGCAGGACCUGGUUUCUGCUGUAGUGCAGAUCAUCAUCCAGAAGAGCCGUUUGCAGGGCUGGAAGCCAGAGCGUAUGGCUGACGGUUCCAUUGGUGUUAAACUAUUGGCUGAACAGAUGAGCUCUGAACUAAAACCCUCAGACCAGCGUACCUGUGACGUCCCAUGUUUGGAGGACUGGCUGUUCAGAGUUUCCAAUGUGGCCAUGUACAUGGACCUUCUGAUAGGUGAAGGCCUAAACGUGGGCUUAACCUCCCGUCCCCCUCCCACCCUACUGCCCCCCUGCUGGGAAACCCCUUGGGAGAAGCUGCGCUGCCUGCUGGACCUGCCCGUGCUGAUGUUCCUCACACCACACUUACCUGAUGGGUACAACAUCCCCUGGAAGCUGCUUUUCUCCACUCAGCUGCACGGGGAGAGCUUCACCAAAAUAGUAGGCAGCUGUAAAGGCCGCGGGCCCACCGUGCUCCUGAUCAAAGACACUAAAGGACACAUCUUUGGUGGCUUCGCCUCCCAUGGCUGGGAAGUAAAGCCUCAGUUCCAAGGAGACUCCAGGUGCUUCCUGUUCUCAGUAUUCCCCUGUCUACGGGUGUACACCUGCACAGGAUACAACCAGCACUACAUGUACCUCAACCAGGGCCAGCAGACCAUGCCCAACGGCUUGGGCAUGGGUGGUCAGCAUGGGUACUUUGGCCUGUGGCUGGAUAGUGAUUUUGGCCGUGGGCAUAGCCGGGCACGGCCUCGCUGCACUACCUAUGGCAGCCCUCAGCUCUCUGCUGAGGAGGACUUCACCCUGGAUUCUCUGGAGGUGUGGGGGGUUGGGAAGCCCCCUGAGGAGGAAGAGGGAGCGACAGGAGGCAAGAGGAGUAUCCUGGAUGCAGACCCUGAGGUUCAGGCCAUGAUGGAGAUGGCAGGGAAGACCCUACACAGCCAGGGCCUCCGAGAGCCAGAGGAGAACAAUGGAUAAUGAGACAUGUAGACAUGAUAUAGAUUUGUCACAGUCUCUUCUCGGACAAGACAUGUCAAGAAGACAUUUUGUAGAAAAGGGUGCACUAAUCACCUAGGGGCCGAUUCUGACCCGAGUUAAGCGAGCGUGAAUGGAACGUAAUUCCCUUUUCUCUACACUUAUUCUGACCUUGAACUUAAGCAUGAGAAUAGCAUGCUAUUCACCCACUAUUCUUUUGGGUUGGAGAUCGAAUAAGUGUAUCUACAGGUACGCUGUAUUUUGACCUUGACUUAAUUCCCAAAUAAUUUCACCACCUUUACGCCCAAGGAACCAUGAAUAAGGUCUAGCGAACCUACCGCUUCCAAGUGGAGAAAGCAUCUACUCUAGCCAUAACAGUAUGAACCCGGACACAUGGCGCAAUACUUGGUUGUGUCAUCACACAGUUCCAUGGUUAGUGCAGGCAAUAGAUUAGGGUAUAGAAAAAGUACACUUUUCUCCCUAUUGUAAAUCUAUGUACAGUACACUAAUCUUCCAACAUUACAAUGGGUUGUAGACUUGAAUGUGGCAAUUUUCAGAAUGAAUCAAACCACUUUUCUUUCGUGAGUAAAGGCUCUCCUAACCUGUUCUUUUAUGAUUCAUAAAUGCUUUCCUAAGCCUAAAUAACCUACAAGAUCAGAGUAUUUUUUAAAAUCUACUAAUUGGUGUUGAAACGGAGACAAAUAUGUAUAUAUUUAGAUCGCUUUCUUUCAUGAUCCCUAAUAUUCUGAACCCGUUCUCUUGAUCCAUUUUAGUGAGUUUGGUCAAAAUUCUAACUAAGAGGUACACAGUAUUUAAAGGGAUGGCUUAAGAUAAACGUACUGAACCCUAUUAAAUGAAAACUCCACACGGAAAUCUGUUGGCCAACAAGUGGGAGGGUUGUCAGCGGUUAACCACACCGGCAAAGCUCGUUCGUUACAGUCUGAAUACCAACUACUGAGAAGUGUGUAAAAAAAGGCGUGUGUAAGGAAGGAGUAAUUUCCUAAAUUGGAAUUAGGCACCUAACCCCAUAAAUAUUUGUUUUGUGUGUGUGUGUGUGUGUGUGUGUGUGUGUGUGUGUGUGUGUGUGUGUGUGUGUGUGUGUGUGUGUGUGUGUGUGUGUGUGUGUGUGUGUGUGUGUGUGUGUGUGUGUGUGUGUGUGUGUGUGUAGAUGGUUAAGUCAGAUUUUUUUUAUCUGUGUGAACUACAGGUACUAUUGGCUACAUUAACUGAACAGGACACCAGGUGUUGCCCAAUCACAUCAAACUUUAUCUUCUCAAAUUAGCACUUGUUAUUGCGGGUGUAGAGAAAUACUUGUCUUCCUAGCUCCAGCAGUGCACUAGUAUCUAACAUUUUACAACAAUAUACACACAUCUAAAAGUAAAAUAAUGGAAUUAAGAAAUAUAUAAAUAUUAGUACGAGUCUGUCUGAACUCAUGUGAACAAGUAUUUAAAAAAAUAUUGUAAUUGAUUAAUACUUUGUAUUGUCAUAAGUCAUUGUUUUGCUUUGAUGGCUUUUUAUUCCAAAGUGCUUAGUAAGGAUCCUAUAUGUAAACAUUGUUUUUCACCUAUAACAUGAAUGGUAUGUAAAACCUUUUAUUUUUAAGUAUGACACUAGAUAGACGUAAUGGCUAAUCUACUUUUUUACAGCACCAAUAAAUGUAAACUUCCAGGAGGCAACUUACAGUAAUGAAGCCUACAUAACCUA